AUGGCGGCCGCGCAGCGGAUAAUCGCGCUUAGGGCCGCCAGGGCGUACAGGACGGUUUCCUACAUGGGGGCGACAGCCCUCGCGGGAAUCUCCCCUAUAAAGCUCCUGGCCAAAUUAUACGCCAAAAUGUAUGAGGCGGCCAGUGAGAUAAGGAGGGUACACGGGGUGAUCCUGCCGAGGGCCAAACAGGCGCUGAGGCUUCAAACCAGGGAGGCCCUCCUCCAGGACUGGAAGGCGUACCUUGCGGACCUGCUGCAGACGCAACGGCCGCAAAGGGUCUAUGGGAGGAGGGUCCUCGAAGCGGUCCAGCCAAUACUCGAGGAGUGGGUGGAGGGCAGCAAAAAGAGGUUUGCUGCCUUCCACGCGGUGCAGGUGGUAACAGGCCAUGGAUGUUUUGGCGACUACCUGCACCGCAUCGGGAAGGAGCGCACCACACGCUGCCACUACUGCCCCGAGGCGGUGGACACGGCGCAGCACACCCUAGAGGUGUGCCCAGCGUGGGACGAGGAGCGCCGUGUCCUCGGGGCAGCGAUAGGUCAGGACCUCUCUCUCCCGGCGGUGUUAGCCGCUGUGGCAGAGCCAGGGGAUAUCGGGAGGGAGAGGUGGAAAAAGUUCGUCUCCUUCUGCGACGCUGUUAUGUCGCGGAAGGAGGCGGACGAGAAAAUUAGGAGGGGAGAGGUUUCUCCUCCCACGUCGUCGGAAAGUGAGAGCUCCGGCUCCGGCUCCGGCGACGAUGGGAGCGACUAA